CACGAAAAAGGAAACUUCACGUUACUUUUUUUUAGAACUGCAUGUGUAGCACUAAAUAUUUAGCACUAUAAUUUACAUCUUUAACUAAUUCAAAAUCAACUCUUUAAAAUUUAUUCUUCUUUAGAAAUAUUUAUGUCUUAAUAAGACAUAUCAAUAACAAUGUGUAUACUAGUAGCGACUACCAAACAUCCAGAUUAUCCCCUUAUUCUUCUAUCAAAUCGAGAUGAAUAUUUCAAAAGGCCCACCAGACCAGCACAUUUUAGACCCUUAGAUAGUAGUCUGAAGAUAUUAUCGCCAGCAGAUUUAGGAAGACUGGAAAAUGGUACUUGGAUAGGUAUAACAACCACUGGGAAAAUAGCUGUAUUAUUGAAUUAUAGAGAAGACGAUAAUAAGAAUAGUUUUAGUGAGAUUUCUCGUGGAAUACUCCCAUUAGAAUACCUAUGUGGCAAAUCAAGUGAUGAUGACUGGUUUCAUCAUAUUAAGUUACCAAAUGAAGGAAAGAUAGAUUUAUCAAGGAUUGGAGGUUUCUCGUUAGUGUUUGGAAAAUUAAACAUCGAUCCUGGUACCACUAAAAUUGAUCAUUUGAAUAUUAUUAGUAAUAGGGGUGAUCAUGGGAAAAUAUUAGGCACUAAUCAAGUACACGGCGAACCCUGUAACGAUUUACAUGAUGAUAUAUAUUCUAAGAAAACAUUUGGAAUUUCAAAUUCUUUAUAUUAUAAUCCCUGGAGGAAAGUGAAAUUAGGAGAAGAUAUGGUGGAUGAACUAAUGGAGAGAACUACAACUGAAAGUUUAUCAAAACAUGAGCUUAUUGAAGAAUGCUUUAAAAUACUUAGUACUGAUACAUACAAUCGGGAAAUUUAUCAAUGUAAUGACUUUGACAUUAAAUUCAAAGAAUUAAGAAAUUCCAUUUUCAUUCCUCCUUUAGAUACAGGUAAACCAGAGCAGGACUCAAGUAAAACAGUAGGUAGAUAUUAUGGUACCCGUACCCAGACAGUUAUAAUAUUAGAUAAACAUGGCACAAUAGAUUAUUUUGAACGAAACCUUCACAAUUCUGAUGAUAUUGAGACAGAUAGGAGCUUCAAUCAACAUUUCAGUUUUAAGGUCCCUCAACCAAGUAGAUAUUAGAGAAUCUAUAAAAUAUUAAAAGUUAUCUUAAUCGUUUGUUUUUAGAUAUAUAGUUAAUUAAUUAA